CAUUCCGACGUUUGCCACGUGUCCUCUUCGCUUCCAUCUAUUUAAGGGUCGUCCGCGUCGACCCAAAGCGACGGUGCGAUAGCUUUUACGGAGAAGAGGGCGAGGGUGAGGGCGAAAUCGAGGAGAGAGAGAGAGAGAGAGAGAGAUGGAGCACGAGUUUCAGGAAGGCAAGGAGGAGGUUAUCCAAGCCUGGUAUAUGGACGAUAGUGAUGAGGACCAAAGACUUCCUCAUCAUCGCGAGCCCAAGGAAUUUAUUCCCUUGGACAAACUUGCAGAGCUAGGAUUACUUAGCUGGCGUCUGGAUGCUGACAAAUAUGAGACUGAUGAGAACCUUAAAAAAAUUCGUGAAGCCAGGGGUUAUUCUUACGUGGACAUUUGUGAUGUGUGCCCUGAGAAGUUGCCAAACUAUGAGGCCAAGUUGAAGAGCUUCUUUGAAGAGCACCUGCACACUGAUGAAGAAAUACGUUAUUGUCUCGAGGGAAGUGGAUAUUUUGAUGUGAGGGACCAGGAUGAUAGAUGGAUUCGUGUAGCAGUGAAGAAAGGGGGCAUGAUCGUCUUGCCUGCAGGAAUUUACCAUCGUUUUACAUUGGAUACAAACAACUACAUUAAGGCAAUGCGGCUCUUCGUGGGUGAGCCCAUUUGGACUCCUUAUAAUCGUCCCCACGACCAUCUCCCGGCUAGGAAGGAGUAUCUUGAUGCACUGACCAAGAAGGAAGGUGCAAAGCAGGCUGUGGAAGCUCUUUAACUGCAUUAUAGUAUUAUUAUUAUCACUUUUACCUUAUAUAUAGUUCUCUCUAAGACUGAAUAAAAGUUGUCAGUUUGUGUCACAUUCCAUAUGAGUGUUAUUGGUUUGCAUCAACUAAUUGGAAUUUAAGGUCUUGCUAUUUGAAUCUAAAUUUACUACUGGUGGCAUUUUGUUGUACUUUAAAUCUCGAUCUUGAUUGCUUGACACUGGAAUGAGGAACAAUUGUGAUAUUAUAAGAAAAUAAGUGAAAUAAUUUAAUUGUA